UCUUUUCUGCUGCUGACAACUUUCUGUGUGUCUUGGUUUUUAAGGUUUUAGAGCCUGUGAAUAUUUUUUUUUCCCCCAAUCAUCAAAUUUUUUCCAGUUUUCAUUUUUUGUAUAAUUAUAAUGAUAAUAAAAAAAGAAGUACAUAAGUGAUAAAGAGUGACAAAUUUUUUUUUUUUCAAGAAGAGAGGAAAAAUCAAAUAAAUAGAGUGUACGGCAAUGGCAACAGUUGACGAUGUUUUCGAAAGUUGGGAAGACAUGGAAGCUUCCGGGGCUUUGGAUCGAAAGUUGAAUGAUCUUCAGAUAAAUCCUUUGGAAGAAUUGAACGACGAAACUUCCAGGCUCACAAGUACUAACGGCUCAGGCACGAGGAUGAUCAUUUUAGGCGAUGACGCACUACGUUCACAAUAUGUUCCACCGAAACCGACGGUGAAAAUUUUGAAGAGGCCUUCAAGAAAUUCACAGGGUAGCGGCGAUGGUCCACUUUUAAAUGGCGAAAAACCAAAGCAACCAAUCAAAUCUCUCAAACAAAGAGAGCAAGAAUAUGCCGAGGCAAGAAAAAGAAUUUUAGGAGAAGAAAAAAGUCCAGAGGAGAAGAUUUUGCAGGAUGUUAGUAAAAUUCAACCUAAACCUUCUGUAUCAGUUUUAGGCGCUAAUGAGUCGAGUAAUGUAAUUAGAAUGCCCUUGGGACCGGACGGUACAAAAGGAUUUAAUGUGAGAAGAUAGCGCGUUAUCGGGAAUAUUCUCCUUGUAAUCCAACUUUGAACCUCUCGAAUUCUCUUCGGAAGGAGAGACGGCUAUGAGGCCGUGAUAUCAGCUCUCAGCUUCGUGCUCCAAGAGGAAAGAGCAAAGAAAGAAAAACUGAUCUCGAGUGAUAGAAGAAUAAAUUUUUAUAUCAAAAAAUUCACUCCCGAUGAAGAGCACGCGAGCUUACCAGCUAUAUCCAUCAAUGUCUCGUCUCGUCUCGAUUUUUUAAAAAAUGUACAAAAUGGAACCACGCUUUCGUCAUUUUUUUUUUUUUUUUUGCUUUUUUUAAAAAAAUGACGAUGGACCUACUACACUUGUCAAUCCCCAAAAUACUCAGCGUGCGCGCAUCGACUCUUAAAAAUGGAAGAAGAAAAAAAAAGAAUGACAAAGUAGAAAAAUUUAUUUAUACAGAAUCAUUGUUCACGUUUUCGAACAUGUUUCUAUCUUUGUUGAGAAAGUCAAUUUUUUUUAUCUGCACUGUAAAAAAAUACUGCACUGACUGACGAAUCUUGUUUAAUUUUUUUUUUUGUAUUUAUAACAAAAAUGUUGCAAUAUGAUGGCAGAAUGUGAACUAUGUUUUGUAAAUAUUCGUCGCUUAGGAGGGAAAAGGAAAAAAAAUAGUAAAUUUUUACUGAAAUCAAUUUUAAAUUCUCCCUUGAUAUCUAAACAUUCUGUCGGCUUUAAUUUCGUUUUAGAAUAUUUAAGAAUUCGGAGGAUUUUUUGUUCUUUGUUUUUUUUUUAAAAAAAACACCAAAUGUGUAGGUAUUUGCUAAUCUCAUUGGGGAAAAUGUAUUUUUCUAUAGUAUUGAAUUAUAUACAUAAAUGUUUUUUGUAUAUAUAUACAUGUAUAUUCUUGUAGAAUCUAUGGAAAGAAAAAAAAAUGAUAAUUAAGACUAGAUAUCCAAAGUUUCAUUUCCGGGCAAAUUGUUUCAAAAUAUAAAAUGUAUGAAAAAGAUUAAUGACUGUUAAUAAAAUUUCAUAUAUUGCGGUU